UGUAAUAAUUGUUUUCAAGGACUGUCUUGCCUGGACGAUCAGCAACAGCUGCAAAAGUUCAUCGACGGCUUUACGCGACGUCCACGAGGACGAUUGCAAACAGUGCGCCCACCUACGACAUCUAUAAAAAAUAACACAACUGCUAACAUUAUGGGGAACUUUAAUGAGCAACCGUCGCGACAAGUCCGCCUCCGCUGACGUGAUUUACCCCAGCAGCCGCGACGACAACCUAGGGGUGCAGCGCAACUGGUUUAAUGCGCUGUUCACGCAGCUCAAUGUCAUUCAGCGCACCGGUUUGGCGCCGUACGCGGCACUCAAGGGCCGUACCAAGGAGGUGUUCGAGGCGGUGGAGCGGGAGUUUGAGGGGUUGUGGGAGCGCCAUGUGCGGGGGAGAGGCCUGCAGGGCACUCCUCACCGGGGUAUGCUGUUGUGCUGCCUGGCAAUCGCGACACACAAGGUGCUGCUGUACGAGACCGGGGACGAGGCCCUGGUGCGCGAGGUGGUUCGUACAAACCUAGGCGGUACGGCAGUGGGUGUCAUGAUGCGACUUCACAAGCUGCGGUUGUGGCUACUGAUCAGGCUACUGGCGGAGGAUCCUUAUAAACAGGCAGUUCGGUUCCUCCCCUCCCUCCAAGGGGAUAUGGGGUGCCUGGUGCCCGGCGAGGUGCUGGAGGGGCAGGUGGGGGAGGUGGGGGAGGUGGGGGCCACGUGGGUCACCCACAGCUGCACCUUCCACUCGGUGCUGGCGGCGGAGGGCGCGACGGAGCUGCUGCCGGAGUUCUGUUGCCAGUUCGGUAUGCAGUGGCUGGAGGUGUUUUCGCAGUACGGCGUACGAGUGGGCCUGGAGGAGAGCCUGGGUUUCGGAGACGAGUGCUGUCGGAUGACAAGCGCCUGGGAGGCAACUGAUAUGGCAGAAUACAAGCGACAUAUCACAAGGAAGCCGCCCAAGGGAAAGGACUUGCGCGAGCACCACAAGGAUUUCACACGUUUCCAAAAGCUGCGGGAGCUUGACUGGCGGGAGGCUUUCCAGCGUGGUGUCGCCGAGGACCUGCGUCGGAGCCGGAAAGCAGGGCGGCUGGAGGCGGAGGCCAAGCGCCAGGAGGCAUGGCGGCAAUACAGGGACGCCUUAUUUGAGCGUGCCCGUCUGGCUGAGGAGGACGCGAACGCGAUGCCUGCCACCGCGGCUGGAGGCAUCUGCAGUCGGGUUCUCCUGGCGAAGGGUAGGCGCCCCAACGCCGCGGCGCACCGUUCGUGGUCCGAAAGCAUCACUGCAGCAGCUCCGGGUCAUCCUCCGUCCUUUCAUCCCUUCACAAGCGAGUGGAUGUGGCGCUGGCGUACAGACGGCGACGAGGCCACCGCGUCUCGAGGAGGUUGGAAUCCGGCGGACAGGGAAGCCACGGAGGAUCGGUCCUCAUCGUCCGGGUUGGAAAAGCAUGGGGAGUUGGCCAGCGAGGAGGAGGCGGUGUGGGCGCGAAGAUUGCGUUCGCGCGCCGGCGAGGAGCUCCAACAGUCCAUCCACGUGCCAUAUGCCGCCAUUCUCUUCAAGAAGGACAACGCUUGGUGGAGGUUCGGCUGCUUCUGGGGCUUCGAGGAUUACCUGUACGCAUGCAAGACAAGGCAACAAGUUUGCUGA